AUGGCGAAAUUCAACGAGGUAGCGAAGAUGAAGAGAGAAGCGAAAGCAGACAGAAAACGAGCUAUUCACGGCGAUCCACUCACCGGUAAAUUGAAGACAAGAGUUCCGGUCGUCUCCGUCUCCGGCAAACGUCAGAGAAAACUCCUUCGAAAAUGGCGCCGAGAGCAGAAAGAGAUGGUGGAGAAGGGUCUUGUUACCAUGGAAGAUGUGGAGAUGGCUUCUGCUGAAGGUGCAUCAGAGGACUCAAAGAAACCCACAAGAAAAUUUAGCGUAAAGAAGACCUUGAAGCUCAAUAAACUAAAGAACAAAGGCAAGAAGAAGAAAAGUGAGAAAGCCACUGGCACAGGAUCUGCGGAUCAGAUGCUAGAAUGA